UCCAAGGGGAGACAGGAAAUUUUAGAGAGAGAGAGUUGGGACAGGACUAAUCAUAGGAAUGAUGAAUGGGAAAGACCAGAAAAGGUCUCAGAAGAGAAUUGGAGUAGAACUGGGGUGAACGACGUUGAUAGACAGGAAAGUCAGAGUAGUCUGUCAGAAAAUUUAAGGGCCAGAGCUGAGCAGAGUUAUGAUGUCAGUUGGGAUAGACAGGAAAGACCACAUGAAAAAAGGUGGGAUGGAACCAGCAUGGACUUUGAUAAUAGAGGGGAAAGGUGGGCAAGGUGGCCUGAAGGUAGACAAGAUUUGGACUGUAGAAGGGCUGGGUAUAGUGAGCCAGGAGCAGAGUGGCAAAGAAACGAAUUUCGGCAUGCAAAAAUAGAUGUAAAUGAAUCUUUAAGAGAGUGGAGGGGUGAUGUGAGGAACCCUGAGUGUAAUCAAGGAAGUAAGUGAUAGGCAAAGGGAUAAAUGUAUGCAACAAGAUGAGAUAGAUGAGGAAAGAAGGGCUGAUGAAAGAUAUCAGUACUGGAGAAAAUCUCCAUGGGGUUAUGACAAAAGAAAUGAUAGAAAUAUUUAUAAUGCUCAUCAAAGUGAAAGAAUGGAUUCUUGUGGCAGGAGAUCAAGUGAAUACCAAGGAAGUGCAAACAGAUUCCAAAGUCAUGAAAACAGAACUUACUCAAGUGGUACAAGAAAACCUGACUGGCAUCAGCAUGAUGAUAGAUGGUCAGAUCAGAACUCACAAGUGAUAGGGUUUGUUCCAGUGGUGAAGGCAGAUCAGAUUAUUCUGAAGAAAGUUUUCGAAUCAGAGGUCAGGACCCUCAUGAAAAUUGGGGCUCACCACAUACCUUUAGAGAUUCUCCUGAUUGUCAUCAGUUGUCAGGGAAAUCAUCUGUUCCCAACCCUGGUGACUCAUCAUAUUCAAAUCAAACACCUUAUGAGCCUGAAGUGGACUUGACAGUCAGACCAGAAUGGAAAAAUAAAAGAAGAAGAAGAAAUAAAAAGGGUGGUUAUGACACCUAUCCAAGUUACUUGGUUAAACUGUCGGUGAAAGUUAAUUCAUGGAAGGAGUACAAGGAUAUUGUUAAUUCCAUGUCUGAAGGAAAAAUUCUAAAUCAAGGUCUUGGUAAAGUUUUGUGGAGAGGACCGCCUUCAGUACCACUCAUCAAACCUUCCAUGGCAUCUACUUUAGAAAAUAUUUUGAAUAAUUGUUGUAUCAAGGCAGAGGAGGAUGCCAACCCAGGUGAGGGACAUCCAAUGGAGGGUUACUUGGUGUUGCAUUAUGAUGUGUAUCUUCCUAAUAUGGUCUAUAGAAAAUCAAGUCCAUCCAUCCCUGGUAAAAGAAUUACUGUGAUAAGAAAUGGUGCAGUUCCCUCAUUAAAACAGAUUCAGGAAGUUACCAAAAGGUUUCCAGAUGAGGCACCUGUUGUUUGUGCUGUUGUGACAGUGGGAGAAGUAAGAUUGUACACAUUAUCCCCCAUCACCAUUCCUUCUAGUUGACAAAGCUUGUUGAAAGAAAAAUCUUUAUUGUAU